CCAUGAUCCACUGCGCCCCAUUUCAACUUUCCCAUUUAGCAAAUCUUUGUUUACAGUCCGGUUAAAACAUAUUUACGUUCUCAUUGUGGAGUGUUGUCGCACUUAUCGGGCGUCACAGCGGAUAAAGGUUUGACCCCUGGUGAAUCGGGACCAAGAGCAGAGGGGGAAUUGUUCAAGAGUUCAGCUGAUUUUUGACAGGAAACGUUAGGAUUACAGAUUCUGGCAAGUAGUAUCAGUCAGCCAUGGCUGAGUACAAGUCUGCGAAGGAGAAGAAGUCCAACACCUUGGGCUGUCUGAAGGUUCUGCUCCUUAUCUUCAACUUCCUCUUCUGGUGUUCUGGUGCAGCAGUGCUGUGGCUGGGCAUCUGGAUCCUGCAGACGAAGACGAAGUACGUCGCCCUGCUGAACUCAGCCACAUACCCAGCCUGUGCCUGGAUCCUCAUCGUCGCGGGGGUCAUCAUCUGCAUCAUCGGCUUUGUGGGCUGCUGUGGAGCCAUCCGCGAGAACAAGACCUGCCUUAUUGUGUACUUUGUCUUCCUGCUGAUCAUCUUCCUAUUGGAGAUCAUCGCUGGUAUCCUGGCCUAUGUCUACCAAGACCAGUGGUUGCGGGGAGAGCUGAAGGGUGGUCUGAACUCCACCAUGAUCAUGCAGUAUAUGGCCAAGGGGUCAGAGGGCAUCACCCGGGCAACCGACGUACUACAACAGGACUUCCGUUGCUGUGGAGUCCUAAACUGGCGUGACUGGAAGGCAAACAGUCCAUAUUUCAAGACGGGGCCGGCCAAGAACAUGACAGCACCAAACAGCUGCUGCAUAUCACCCUCAGAUGGCUGCGCAGCCAGGGACCACCCCUCCAACAUCUACCAUGUGGGCUGCCUGGAUGCCAUCGAGUCGUACAUCAGGACAUACCUGUUCAUCAUCGGGGCUGUGGGCAUCAGCAUGGCCUGUCUCAUGAUCCUGGGUCUGUUCUGCACCUUGUGUUUCUACCACCUGGUGGACGAGUACUAUGUGCUCAGUGACAAGGAAGGAGUUCACUGAGCGUCACUUCUCUUUCUCUCUCACCAUCGCCCUCUGUUCAUUGGGAUGAUCCUGACAUGCUGUCUGCACUCGGCCAUCAGGAGGAGCGAGAGCUAGGCUGGUCCUCCUGACAAGUUGCCUUCACACUGCACAUUGUCUACUACUUCCAUCAUCAAGUUUGCUACGGAUCAGGUCUCUAGAUGUCAAAAAAAGAGCAGGAGCCAAACCUUUGCUUGCAGAGUACAUUUAUUUUGACAUGUUUCUAAUGGUACAGUCUUGUCCCUGAACCAAUCAGAGAAAAUAAUGCUAACAAAACAAAACAAAAUUCACCAAGAAUAGAAGAAAACAGCAGAAUUACAUAGUGUGAAGAUACGUGGGAUAGGAAAAGUUUCAAUAUCUGUUGUUAUUUCGGUGGGUAUGAAAAAUCAAUGCCGUUUCAAGCAAUUUGUCUGAAGUUGUUGACAAUGUGCAUACUUUAACAACUACAGAUGGUGUCAAAACGUAAUUUUUGUAUUCACUUCAAGUACAGCCUUUAUACCAGUAGUCAAUUCUGUAGCACAGUUCCACAUUUACUACAGGUAACAAUACAGUACAGAUGGCAGACUAAGUUACAAACUCAACAAGGUAUAUGAAGGAUUUUUGUACAUUAGAACAGUGACAAACUUUAUCCUAGAUGGGUCAAGUUCUGUCAGUUGGAGUUAACAAGACAACUGCCAGUAUUCCAGAAGGGCUACAUUGUGAAUCAUGGCAUGUAAUAACAAGUGACAGCAAUUCAAAAUGCAGACAUACAUGAAAAUGUAUGUCUCUCUUUAAGAAGGAAGUUACCUUUUCACAUACAGAAAUAUCCUUCUUGCAAUGGUU